UGGAGUCCAAGUCAAUCUUAUUCCUACGAGACAAAGUGUUGUAUGAGUGCAAAGCAGCCUGAAGAAUUGUUUUACAGGAAAACCAACAGAUCGGUUCCAGUCAUUUACCUGAGCAGGCAGAGGAACUGACCCAAGUGAGUUCGACGUGUGGGACCAGUCCUGUCGAACAGGCUUUAGGUGGAGCACAGGCUGGCUAAAAGGUAGGUAAAGAACGCCCUCUGCUGGUAAAAUAUAACCAGAGACCACUUCACCUGUCAUAAAGACCAGUCAUCAGAGGCCUGCACAGGACUCGACUUCAAGGUUUCAGCCCAACAAAAGGUCUACUUCUACUGAAGGGACUCCUUCAAAUCCGAUUGAUAUUGGAGGAAAACCAGGCACCAGUCAAGUUGGAUUUUUCUGUGCAUCUGUUCGAAAAACUUCACCGACCAAUCACAGAGCAGGUUUGAAGCAGUGGCUCCUCCUCCUUCUCCGCCUGACUGCCGCUGCUGUUGCUGCUCCCACAUGUAACGUUAUCUGCCACCGUCCGUCUGUUGCAUUGUCUCGUUGGGGACACAGCUCGCCGAGCUCCAUGGCAUCUCCAGAGCACCACGGAAGUCAGGAGUGAAAUUACAAACAGAGGCCAUGUGAACAGGAAAUGAAGCCUGGGUUUGACAUCAUACAUGGGACGUUUUAUGGUGUGUUAAUCUGCACACGCUGGAGCUACUGGUCCUGUAGCAGCAGUCGGUCUGCAGCGGUGCCUCAGACUGGCUGCUCGGCACGUCAUAUGGUACGCGUAAUGAUUUCUUCCUUAAUGUUGUGUUAAUAUAGGAGGUUACGAUGUUGUCGCGUGUUCAAACGUGAUUUACCCAAAGCCGGACCCGAGAUCCUUCGUCCCUCUCAUCCACUGCACCGGUACCUGAGUGGUGGUCAGUGGUGGUGCGCCCACGUUCUCCAGGAACCAGGAUGGCCGGCCGCCGAAGCUGCGUGAACUCGCUCUGGUCCGGCACCGAGCGCGUCCGCAUCGGAGAGCGCCUCAAAGCGACGCUGGCCGGGGUUCUGGAGCUGGAGCUGCUCAGGUGCAAACACCUGGAGAUGGUGGACACUGCUAUGGAGAACCGUGCCCACGUUACUGCCGCCGACGAGGAGCCACAGCAACAUGAGGAGGAGGAGGAGGAAGAGGAGAAGCGCGAAGACUCAGAGAGCACCGCCGUGGACACCGAGCAAGGCUCUGCGACAUCCCGCCGGCAACAGGCUGCCUCCACUUCUGAUACGGUUCUAUCACCCUACCAGAGCAGCCCUGAGGACUGUGGCGGUCAGUCAGGAGAUGGAGCAGUCUGCUCUUCAUCAGUCAGAGGGAGUCAUUCACGCUGGUCCACUCUGUCCUGGGACGCCCCCUCUGACCUGCUCUCUCCACCCACUCCAGACCCUAGUGGAAUGGUCCACCUGGACAGUGACUCCAGACCCAGUUCAGGUUUCUACUCCGUGAGUGGGAGCUCUCUCUCAGACUCCUGCUACUCUGUGUCUAGUGAAGCGGCUCAAGGAGGAGGUCCUGUGCCACCAGCUAAACCUCUAAAACUGUGGGAGCAGGCUCUUGUGUCUACCGACAACACUGACAUCCUGUGGUCAGAAGGUGUGACACACAAACACCAGCAGGAGCAGCCACUUCUGCAGACGGGCCAAGAGGAUGUCCUGCCCACAGAGGAGGCUCCGCUUUCAGGAGCAAAGGACCUGGAAGUGACUGGUCUGAGUUUUCUGUCAGACCUCUGUUCAGGACAAAGAGAUUCAUUGAUUCAGUCCCUGCUUCCACUUCUUGACUCCACUUCCUCUUUGUCAACCCCCUCCCUCCAUUCGAAACCCCAACUGGACCCUCGAUACUGUACUGACCUAGUUUCUCGUCGGACCAAAGAGGUUUAUUCCUACCCCAGUCCGUUGCAUGCUGUGGCCCUGCAGAGCCCCCUCUUCACCUCUCAGAGUCAAGAGCAGGCAGUCUCUGUGAAUCUGGAAGGACUCCAAAAUGAUGAACUAUCAGAGUCCAAAGCCAAGACAUCCGUCCCGCUGCAGCUUCAACAGUCUGUUGCUACAUUCUCUGUCACACAGUUGGAGCAGUACAUCUCCCGCCUGGCUCAUCAGUACCGCAGCAGGGUGACAUCUUCCACCACUGAUCUGUCCUUAACUUCCAUCUCAGCAAGAGGUCUUUGCAUGCCUGGAAAAAGUCACGGUUCCACUCAGUCUCUUUCUGCUUUUGAAAGCCGCAGUACAAACUCAGCAAUGCCAGGGGGCAGCAUCACUCCCUGUAAGUCACUCCUAGGAAACCUGGCCAGAGUCAGUCUUAGCACCUCUGGGAAAAAGGCCACAAGGAACUCAAUCAACCUGGGAAACCUUCCUUCAGCAACUGGAGAGGAUUUGAAUAUAAAUCUGCAUCUCAACCUGAACCUGAACCUGGCUCCAGGAUUAAAUCCUAUCAAAGGAACUGUGGACAAUUCCAAAAGUGUCAGUUGUGGAUCUUUGAGAAGUGAUUUUACUUCCGCUCCUUCUUCCUCCACAUCAUCAAUCCCCUCUGCUCCACCAGUCCCAGCGCUCAGAGCUCGGCCUCGGAUUUCAACUUGUCCAAGCAGCUUGAGCCACCGCAGUUCCCUGGAGGUCACGUCAGGAUCUGGACCCACUUCUGGAUAUGGGUCAUCAUUCUGUCGCUCUUUUGAAUUGACCAGUGGGGCGCCACCUGAGGCUGGACCAUCAAUGUUGGGUGUCAGUGCUGGAUCAGCUCCUGGAUCCCAGCGGAGCAGUUUGAUCCAAGAAUCGAGCUCUGGACCCAAGUUAAGAGAAGACUCUCCCAUGGUGGGAGAGAUCUCCCGCCUGUCAGGGUUGUCCAGGGCUGUUGUGGUUGGACUGAUGGAACAAGGGGUGGAGCUUGAUAUUGACUGCUUCCAGACAGAUGCUGCAGGUGAAGUGAAGGGUCACAGUAAAUCUCUUCAGACCGCCAAGGCAGACCAAUCACAUGAUUAUACCAGACUGAGCAAUCUGAAUCCUCAGAGACCAAUCCAGCUCUCCCUCAGUGUCACCCACUCUCCUCAGUCUCAGACUAGCCUCACCCCUCCUCUCUCACACUCGAGUAGCCCCAUACACCCAUACCAGUCCAUACAUAGUCCAUCUCCACACUACUCCUCACAUUCCCACUAUCAGCAGAUACCUUCCCCAUCUGACAUCCCCUCUUCCACGGCCUCCUCGCCUGCUUCACGCCCAAAUCCUCGGGGUCGCUCACCCCCCAGGCCACUCCAGCCGUCACCUUUGGGUGCCACUCCACUUUCAGUGUUCCGUAGGGAUGCACCAUUUCAGUGCUCCCUACCUCACACCAGCACAAGGACUUCAUCACUAGAGCAUGGUGGCAUUCAACAUAGAGGUGGAUCACUUCGGCAGAGUGGGGGUGGGAGCGGUGGAUGGAAGAGGGCAGAGGGAGAAGGCCUUUACAAAGGAAAGCAUGCCUCCCAUAAGUUGGUCAGGGCAGCUACAGUAAGCUGCAGUGGCAAGAAAGACGACUAUAGUUCAGUUUGGGGUGAGGAGGAAAUAGAACUCACGGCAUCCGCAGCAGCUCACACCCCGAGGAAGAACUCCAACAAACUCUGGAGAGGUUUUGAGGGGCGACUGUGGGGCAAAGAGUCAGAGAAAGAAAAGGAGGAAAUGGACAGAGCUGAGUACGGCUACGGGUGGAGGAGGAACAGUGUUGGAAGCUGGAGAAGGGAGAAACCAAGGGUCAAGGCUACAUCCAGCAGUAGUGACAAGAGGCCAAAAGUAGAAAACUCACCUCUUUUCUUGAAGGGCAGGGGGAAAGAAGACGGGGAGAGACGUGGCUCCAGCCUCAGGCUUUCCAGAAGAGCUCUGUUCAGGAGUGAGUCUCAAGGUUUGCUGGUGCCUCAUAACCACAGUGAGGUCCACGUGAAGCGGGCACACUGGGUCUCCUCUUUAGAUGUAGGCCAAGGUGUCAUGAGCAUCAACAAGGAUGAAGGCAUCAGACUGCUCAGAACAAAAGAGGGAGACAAACAUCUGUCUUCUUCCGCAAGCCUCUUUAACCUGUCUCAUUCUCAGAGCCUGGAGGGCAGCUGCCUCUCACUUUCUCCCCUCUCCUCCCCCUCAUUCUCUCCAUCUCCUCCUCCACGGAUGCCUCUCCAGCGCUCUCGGUCACUGAAGGACUUGGGGAGGAGAAUGUUUGGCUCAAUGAGGUCUCUCAGUCUCAAACGAAAGCCAUCAAAGAAGUGAUAUUUGUACCAUAAGUAAAUUAUUACAGUAGAUUUUUACAUGUGUAAUACUUAAACCAUAAGGGUGGAUAGCAUUAAAGACCAUGUAUUAAGUAGUGCCAUUAUUUACAAAACACGUAUUCAGAAAAGUUGGUACACUUCUUAAAAACUAACAGGGAAUUUUUACAGACGUCCAUAUUUCUCCUUCCUAAAUGGCGUUGAUCACAUGUUCACAUUUGUUACUAAUUGUUGAACCAAAUUACUAGUAUUCCAGUUUUGCAAGUUGAAUUUUCAGCCAGGAUUUCUGUAUUAUAAACGUACUCUGUUUUCGAUUAUACUUUACAUGAUGCACCAGACAUAAUGCAGACCUUUCAUGUUAGGCUACUGUUUAGAGAUGUCAC